AUGAUAAGAAUACUAUUUCUACUGAUGGAUGUAAUGGUAUUUGUUAAUAUUAAUGUCAAUCAUCCGAUAUUUGUUUAACUUGCCUUUAUGAAAGAUGCGAGAAUUGUGCCACAGGAUAUAUACUUUCAUUAGAUAAAGUUUGUCUUCCUAUUUGUGGAGAUUCAAUCAAAGUUUCAGAAGAAAUUUGUGAAGAUGGAUUAAUUCUGCCCUACUAAGGUUGCUAAAAUUGCAAACCUAAAUGAUAACCUUCAUUUUUAUACUGUGGUACAUCAGGUUAGGGAUGCACAAUAUGUAAAACAGGCUAUAAUAAAAUACAUAAUGUAUGUUAUUCUAUCUGUGGUGAUAAGUUAAAAACAGAGGAUGAAGAAUGCGAUGAUGGUAAUCUAAUUUAUGAUGAUGGGUGUCAUUAAUGCAAAUUUAAUUGCCAAGCCUCUUGUUUAAUCUGUGUAAAAGGAGUUUGUUUAGAUUGUAUUGAUGGUUAUUAGUUAAUACAAUCAAAAUGCUAUUCGAUUUGUGGAGAUGGAAUUUAAACAUACAAUGAAUAAUGUGAUUUCUUUGGAGAAGUAGAUUAAAAUGAGGGAUGCAAGAAUUGUCUAUUCGAAAAUGAUGAAAAUUGUUAAGUUUUCAAUUUUGGUCUGUGUUAGCUUUGUAAAGAAGGUUAUGAAAUAUCUCCCAAUUUAUAAUAUCAAUGUGUUAAAUAAUUAGAUUAACCUUAUCGAAUUAUUGAUCAUUGUUUAUUUCCACUUAGCGAUACUUGUGUAAAAUGCGACCUAAAUGCAGACUAUGAUAUUUUUGAAGAGCUAAUUAGAUAAAAUUAACUUAAUGUGA